CCAUUCAGUUACUUUGAUCGACUCUUAGCUGUCGAGUUGAGUAACGCUAUUUUAAUUUUAUAUCGCUUCUGCACCGCUUCAUAAACACCAAGCCGCUUCUAAAAUGCGUGAAUGCAUCUCCAUCCAUGUUGGACAGGCUGGUGUCCAGAUCGGCAAUGCCUGUUGGGAGUUGUACUGCUUGGAGCAUGGCAUCCAGCCAGAUGGGCAGAUGCCCAGUGAUAAAACCAUUGGAGGCGGGGAUGACUCCUUUAACACUUUCUUCAGUGAGACAGGAGCUGGAAAACAUGUCCCCAGGGCAGUGUUUGUGGAUCUGGAGCCAACAGUAAUUGAUGAGGUGCGUACAGGAACCUACAGGCAGCUUUUUCACCCCGAGCAGUUAAUCACUGGGAAAGAAGAUGCAGCCAACAAUUAUGCUAGAGGGCAUUACACCAUCGGCAAAGAGAUCAUUGAUUUGGUGUUGGACAGGAUUCGCAAACUGGCUGACCAGUGCACAGGUCUCCAGGGCUUCCUUGUCUUCCAUAGUUUUGGUGGUGGCACUGGUUCUGGUUUCACUUCACUGCUGAUGGAACGUCUCUCUGUUGACUAUGGGAAGAAAUCUAAGCUGGAAUUCUCCAUCUAUCCUGCUCCUCAAGUAUCCACAGCAGUUGUAGAGCCCUAUAAUUCCAUCCUGACCACCCACACCACUCUUGAGCACUCAGACUGUGCCUUCAUGGUAGACAAUGAAGCUAUCUAUGACAUUUGCCGCAGGAACCUUGACAUUGAGCGCCCCACCUACACCAAUCUGAACCGACUCAUCAGCCAAAUUGUGUCAUCCAUCACAGCUUCUCUGCGCUUUGAUGGGGCUCUGAAUGUUGAUCUGACAGAGUUCCAGACAAACUUGGUGCCCUACCCUCGUAUCCACUUCCCUCUAGCUACCUAUGCCCCAGUCAUUUCUGCUGAGAAAGCCUAUCAUGAACAACUUUCAGUGGCUGAGAUUACCAAUGCCUGCUUUGAGCCAGCCAACCAGAUGGUCAAAUGUGACCCUCGCCAUGGCAAAUACAUGGCCUGCUGCCUGCUGUACCGUGGUGAUGUUGUGCCCAAAGAUGUCAAUGCUGCUAUUGCUACAAUCAAAACAAAGCGCACCAUCCAAUUUGUGGACUGGUGUCCUACUGGUUUCAAGGUGGGCAUCAACUACCAGCCCCCUACUGUAGUACCCGGGGGUGAUCUUGCAAAAGUUCAGAGGGCAGUGUGCAUGCUAAGCAACACGACUGCUAUUGCUGAGGCUUGGGCACGUCUUGAUCACAAAUUUGACUUAAUGUACGCCAAGCGUGCUUUUGUCCACUGGUAUGUUGGGGAAGGAAUGGAGGAAGGGGAGUUCUCUGAGGCACGUGAAGACAUGGCCGCCUUGGAGAAAGACUACGAGGAAGUAGGGGUUGAUUCAAUUGAAGGAGAGGGUGAGGAGGAGGGAGAGGAAUAUUAAAGUUAAUUAGUUGUGUUUUUAGUGAUUGUUUAGCCCACCUGCAUUUUCUCACACUAGUGAGUGUUUGUUUCAUCUGCAGUCUGGCACGUAGUCAUUAAAUCUGAAAGGGUGAGAAGUCUGUGUUUGGGGAAAUGCAUCUUUAUAAGAUUGUGAUUCCUUUAACCUUGUGGCGAGUGACUAUCUUACUUUUGCCUGGUUUGUCUGUUAUUUAAAAUAAAUUCAUUGGAAGGCAUUAAACUC